AUGAGCCCCCGUCCCUUCCGCCUCCUCUCGUCCGGGCUGGCGUGGCUUCCUUCCGGGCUUGCUGAAGAAAAGUUGCGGGGAGGUUCAGAGGCAACCGGGACUCUAGACAGAAUGGACAGCCAAGGACGGAAAGUGGUGGUGUGUGACAACGGCACCGGGUUUGUCAAGUGCGGCUAUGCUGGCUCCAACUUCCCAGAGCACAUCUUUCCAGCGCUGGUGGGCAGGCCCAUCAUCCGCUCCACGGCUAAAGUGGGAAACAUUGAGAUCAAGGAUCUGAUGGUGGGGGACGAGGCCAGCGAGCUGCGCUCCAUGCUGGAGGUCAACUACCCCAUGGAGAACGGCAUCGUGCGCAACUGGGACGACAUGAAGCACCUGUGGGACUACACUUUCGGGCCCGAGAAGCUCAACAUCGACUCGCGCAACUGCAAGAUCCUGCUCACCGAGCCCCCCAUGAAUCCCACCAAGAACCGGGAGAAGAUCAUAGAGGUGAUGUUUGAGACAUACCAGUUUUCAGGCGUCUACAUAGCCAUUCAAGCCGUGCUCACACUUUACGCUCAAGGCCUUCUGACUGGCGUGGUGGUGGAUUCUGGCGACGGCGUGACGCACAUCUGUCCCGUGUACGAAGGAUUCAGCCUGCCCCACCUGACCAGACGUCUGGACAUCGCGGGGCGGGACAUCACCCGCUACCUCAUCAAGUUGCUGCUGCUGCGAGGCUACGCCUUCAACCACUCGGCCGACUUCGAGACGGUGCGUAUGAUGAAGGAGAAGCUGUGCUACGUGGGCUACAACAUCGAACAGGAGCAGAAGCUGGCGCUGGAGACCACCGUGUUGGUGGAGUCCUACACGCUGCCAGACGGCCGCGUGAUCAAGGUGGGCGGCGAGCGCUUCGAGGCGCCCGAGGCCCUCUUCCAGCCGCACCUCAUCAACGUGGAAGGCGUGGGCGUGGCCGAGCUGCUCUUCAACACCAUACAGGCGGCAGACAUCGACACCAGGCCUGAGUUUUACAAACACAUCGUGCUGUCGGGGGGGUCCACCAUGUACCCGGGUCUGCCAUCGCGACUGGAGAGGGAGCUCAAGCAGCUGUACCUGGAGCGCGUGCUCAAGGGGGAUGUGGACAAGCUAUCGAAAUUCAAGAUCCGCAUCGAGGACCCACCCAGGCGAAAGCACAUGGUGUUCCUGGGCGGGGCGGUACUGGCCGACAUCAUGAAGGACAAGGACAACUUCUGGCUCACCCGUGAGGAGUACCAAGAGAAGGGGGUGCGCGUUCUGCAAAAGCUGGGUGUCACCGUCAGAUAAAAACACACGCAUAAAAACACACACAUGAAAACAAAAACAAAAAAUCUAUUUAUCCUUAUCCUCUCUCCUCUUUCCCGCCGUCACCUCUCCUCUUUUCCUCCUUCACCUCUCCUGGCAAACGGUUCCAUCUUUUUGCACAAUUCCCAUAUCGUUUGAAAAGAAGAAAAAAAAGUCGGUGUUGCCGCAAUGGCAGAGAAAGUCGGGGACGUCUUGAAGGGAAGCCUUACAAGCUUAUUGAUAUCACAAUCAGGGUCCACACAUUUUUUUAUUUUUUUUUCUUCCUCCCUGCGACUAAUCACAUUUUUAUAAGCGACUUUUUUUUUUUUUUUUUCCCAGGGAGAGGGAUAACUUAUUUUCCUCCCUCCCCCCCCCUCGCCUUCGUUGCAGUGCACUACUACCAUUGUAAUUGGAGUGUAACCGUGGUAACAGACGUUUGGUUAUAAAUUAAGCUCCUUUCAAAGCAGGGUUUCCCCCAAAUUUGGGUCCUUUAUAGGAAUGACGAUGAUCCCUGAAUUUGUACGCAGGUCGGAAUGCACCGCAUUCUUACUGCAACGCUAUCGCACCCGUCGUCAUUCCAUUAAAUAUUUGUAUGCAAAACUUCUAGACCAUAAAUAUAAAUCAAAUGAAAAACUGAAAGCGGUGUUGUUCGAUUAGUUCAUUGCGCAGCCAUUCGUAACCUUGCCACGUCGUAUACCGAGAACCCCGUGUAAUUUAUAGUUUUGUGGGUAAUUUAGCCAUAAAACAAUCUGAUUUUGACCAUUUACGGUGGUCCUGAAAUGUGAAGAUUGGAGGUUACGAAUGGCUGUGGAUGGAAUAAACUAGUAGAGAACAACAGAAUUUGACAAAACCCAAAUUUGUCGGCAUGUACUGUAGUCUCUUUGCUAAGCUACGCUAAUGCAAAAGUAAAGUUGUGAUUGCAGUAAAUAUUUCUACGAAAACGCCUUGUCGACCAUAAAAAUAAAACCGGCAAAUGAAAAAUUAUAAGUAACGGAUUCUUACACCGGUGUGCUAACGAGUUUGUUACGUGUCGUUUGAAACAUCGUAACUCGGUACAGUCGUAAACAGAGGUCCCCGUGUACGUUUUCGUGAGCUGGCCUAGGUUGCAAAAUGUCCCUAAACAAAUUUCUGCCAUUAAAACGUGCAUGCAGUAUCAUGUCAAAGUCAGAACGUAAGCAGAGCUGCGGUGUUGUUGGAUGCACAGGUUAGCCACAUAACUACUACAGGGGGUCCUUCGUUUACGUAACCCAAAUUUUUACGCGAACCAGAACGCACCAUAGUCUGUUGCUAAGCUACGCUAGUGCUGAAGUUAGGUUGUAAUGAAUGAAAUAAAAAAACAGCAAAUAAUUUUUAUGCCGCUGUGUUAACUAGUUCAUUCCGUGCCGUUUGAAACCUUUGUCAGGACAGGUUGUAAAGCAAGGAGCCCCUGUAUCGUGUUUACGAAUUUACAAAAAAAAAAAAAAAAAAAAAAAAGCUUGAAUUGGUGUGGCUACUACACGAAAAUUUACGACCCAAAGAAAAAUGUUACAUUUUGAGAAACCCUGUCUUGAAGGAGCACACACCCAAAAAAAAGAAGACGAAAAAGAAGCUUUCUAUGAUUUAUUUGUGUGAAGGUACUUACCAGCGUGAGUGGGUGUUCAAUCUGCCUAAGUGUUGAUCAAAAAGGCCUGGUGUUGUGUAUUUACUCAAAAGGCAGCAAAUCACGGAAAGUUGAAAUGGAAAAUGCUGUUUUUUUUUAGAAUUUCUAUUUUUUUCGGGUCCCCCCGGCAUGCUCAAUACUGGAGGCACUUCACCUUGUUUUUUUUUUGGGGGGGGGGGGGCGUGAUUGAUUUUUGGAUUGUAUAUUUUUCUUUUCCUCCUUUUCCAUGGAUGUCUUAUCCAGUGCCAAGUGCAGUUCGUUUUAUUGUACGUCUCUGCUCUCUUUUUAUUUUUUUGUCGCCACCAUUUUGUUUUGACUGUUGUUCAUAGCAUAACUGGCUAAUGCUGAUUUAAAUAAAGAAAAGUGAUUUAUAAGGA